GCCUGGGAGCGCUGUGGUCUCGAUUUUACGUGUUUUAAAUCAAUAUUUAGGUUAAGGUAAACCUGAUUCGUGCAUGUAAAUUUUGGAAAGAAAAAUGAGUGAAGCAGAAAAUAUCGAAGAUGGAAAUGGAUUGCGAUCUGAUGGCAGGCGUGCUGUAGAAUUAAGGCAAAUACGUGUAAGAAUGGGAGUUUUCGGACAAGCUGAUGGAAGUGCUUACAUCGAACAUGGUAACACUAAAGUUUUAGCAACAGUAUACGGGCCACAUCAGCCACGAGGUUCUACCGGAAGAUCUUCGAGCAAGGUUACUAAAGGCAUAGUAAAUUGUCAAUAUAGCAUGGCAGUGUUUAGUUUGUCUUCCGGAGAACGUAAACGAAAACCGAGAGGCGAUAGGAAGUCACAAGAAAGAUCGCUACAAUUGAAACAUGCUAUGGAAGCAAUAAUACAUUUAGAACUAUAUCCACGAUCGCAAAUAGAUAUUUACGUAGAAGUAUUGCAAGUAGAUGGAAGUGAAUACUGUGCGUCUGUAAACGCAGCGACAUUGGCUUUAAUAGAUGCUGGGAUUCCCAUCAAGAAUUAUGCUGUAGGGUGUACCAUAACACUAUGUUGCGUAGAUGAAGAUAAAACAUUAGGAACAGGACUAUUAGAUGCAAAUUAUAUAGAAGAAUGUGCUCCUGGUGUUACUUUAUCUAUUGUUGCUUUGCCAGACAGUGACAGCAUAUCUAAAGAUGGUUUCAUAGUGGUAGCUCAAGGAGCAGGGCAACGAUUGCAUUUAUCAAAACUUGAGUCUUUAAAAAAACGAGUUGUGUGCGGUUGUCAGGAUAUCAAAACCAUUUUAGACAAUGCUGUAAGGCACCAUUUAACAGAACAAUCACUUCCUUCCCUUUUUCAUGUUACCUCAGACUAGAAGUAAUAAAAAGAUUUAAUACGAAA